GCGCGAGGCCUGCGAGGCCUGCUAGGACGCCGACUGCGAGUCCGGGAGGCUCAACGUGAUUGCCAGGAAAAUGAAGUAAGACGCCGAGGCUGAGGGACGGCCUGGACUCCCCCUGCCCGCCUCCAGGUCGGGGUCCUGCCGCUUUCGCCGCUCGGACUCGACGCGUCGGGGCGACCCCGGGGCUUGGCCCCGCCAGUGUAAUGGUGGCUGAGGGCCGGGGCGCCGGGCGUCCUCGCGCCCCGUGAAGGACUAGGGAGAAAGACUCGAGGGACGCCGGCUUCCCCACUUCCCUCACACCUCUAGGCGCCGGAGCCCCCGCACGGCAAAUGUGCAAUACCAACAUGUCUGUGUCCACUGACGGUGCUGUAAGCACCUCACAGAUCCCAGCUUCGGAGCAGGAGACCCUGGUUAGACCAAAGCCAUUGCUUUUGAAAUUGUUAAAGUCUGUUGGUGCACAAAAAGACACUUAUACCAUGAAAGAGGUUAUAUUUUAUCUUGGCCAGUACAUUAUGACUAAACGAUUAUAUGAUGAGAAGCAACAACACAUUGUAUAUUGUUCAAAUGAUCUUCUUGGCGAUUUGUUUGGAGUUCCAAGCUUCUCUGUGAAAGAACACAGGAAAAUAUAUACAAUGAUCUACAGAAACUUGGUAGUAGUCAAUCAGCAGGAACCUUCCGAUUCAGGCAUGUCUAUAAGUGAGGACAGAUAUCACCCUGAAGGUGGGAAUGAUGAAAAGGAGCCUGGUCAAGAGCUGCAGGAAGAGAAGCCUUCAUCUUCAAGUUUGGUUUCGAGACCAUCUACCUCAUCUAGAAGGAGAGCAAUUAGUGAGACAGCAGAAGAAAAUUUGGAUGAAUUACCUGGUGAACGACAAAGAAAACGCCACAAAUCUGAUAACAUUUCCCUCUCCUUUGACGAAAGCCUGGCUCUGUGUGUAAUACGGGAGCUAUGUUGUGAAAGAAGCAGUAGCAGUGAGUCAACAGAGACACCAUCAAAUUUGGAUCUUGAUGACCGUGUAAGUGAACACUCAGGUGAUUGGCUGGAUCAGGACUCAGAUUCAGAUCAGUUUAGUGUGGAAUUUGAAGUUGAAUCUCUCGAUUCAGAAGAUUAUAGCCUUAGUGAAGAAGGGCAGGACCUGUCAGAUGAAGAUGAUGAGGUUUAUCGAGUUACUGUGUACCAAGCAGGGGAGAGUGAUACAGAUUCAUUUGAAGAAGAUCCUGAAAUCUCCCUAGCUGACUACUGGAAGUGUACUUCUUGCCAUGAGAUGAAUCCUCCGCUCCCAUCGCAUUGCAACAGAUGUUGGGCUCUUCGUGAGAACUGGCUUCCUGAAGAUAAGGGGAAGGAUAAAGAGGGAAUCUCCAAGAAAGCCCCACUGGAAAACCCAACCCACUCGGAACAAGGCUUUGAUGUUCCUGAUUGUAAAAAGUCCACAGCAGAUGAUUCUAAAGAGGCAGGCGUUGAGGAAAAUGACGAUAAAAGCACACAAGCUUCUCAGUCACAAGAGAGUGAGGACUUUUCUCAGCCCUCGACUUCUAACAGCGUUAUUUAUGGCAGCCAAGAGGACGUGAAGGAGUUUGAAAGGGAAGAAACGCAGGAAAAAGAAGAGAGUACGGAACCCAGUUUCCCCCUGAAUGCCAUUGAACCGUGUGUGAUUUGCCAGGGCCGACCUAAAAAUGGUUGCAUAGUUCAUGGCAAAACCGGACACCUGAUGUCCUGCUUCACUUGUGCCAAGAAGCUGAAGAAAAGGAACAAGCCCUGCCCAGUAUGUAGACAGCCUAUUCAGAUGAUUGUGCUAACUUAUUUCAACUAAUUGACCUGUCCAUGAGAGUGGAAUUAUAUAUUUCUAACUGUAAAUAUAGCCUUAAAAAUUUAGACAACA